AUGGCUUCUCAAGAAACACAAGUUUCUAAUGCCUCCUUCGAUAUCUCAAAAUUAAUUGACACAAUAGACUUUGCUGCUAAGAAACACUCAUUUCAGAAACGUAAGGAUCCUCAAGGAACACGAAACUUAGCAUAUAUUAAUCAUCCGAUUGGUGUGGCUAAAAAUCUUACCGAUGCUGGAAUUUAUGAUCUUGCAACUAUACAGGCCGCAAUAUUGCACGAUACGGUAGAAGAUACGGAUACGUCUUUUGAAGAGAUCGAACAGCAAUUCGGGCGGGAGGUUAGAGAUAUUGUAGCGGAAUGUACGGAUGAUAAAACCUUGGUGAAAUCUGAACGUAAACGAUUACAAAUUGAAACUACUCCACAUAAAUCUCAAAAGGCGAAGGAAGUGAAAUUGGCCGAUAAACUGUAUAAUCUUAGAGAUUUGCAAAGAGUGGCACCUACAGGAUGGUCAAAAAAAUAUAUUCAAGAAUACUUUACAUGGGCUAAGAAAGUGACAGAUGGAGCAAGAGGAACUAAUCAAAAAUUGGAAGAUCAAUUGGAUGAAAUAUAUUCAAAUGGUAUUUGUAAUCAAUUACAUAAUACAUUGUAG